AGUAUUUACGAAUGGCAAUAUUUCGUCACCUUGACGUGGCUCCCGCCAAAAUGAUCUGGUCCACUUGAAAAACUGUAAAGAGAGUCAAAAAGCCAAGGUGGCAUGCCUACUGAUGCCUUAUAUGUGCGUGCUUUAAAGUCCUGGCUGUGAGUGCAAAUGAGUUAAAAUGGAAAAUCUGGACCCCAACACCACGCCCACUUAUUACCCCGACAUAGAUGGGGUCGAGGCGGAUCUGAAAGAUCCCAGUUAUGGCAUCCCCUUGUCCCGCUCCAAGUCCAAACGCAAAUCCCUUCCGCCUCAAUCCCAGGGUCUCAACGGUCUCAAACAACCAGUCACGAAAAAGGCCAAGGUGAAUCGGUGUUCGGAAUGUUUGCAAGAUCUGGACCAUGGGUCCGGAUUGCAUUUCUAUUUAGGCCAUCCCGCUGAUUCAGUGGAAGAAGUGAUCGCCAUCACUCACGAAUCGCUCACCUUGGAGUUGUGUCUCGACCCCGAGGACAUCAUGGAAGAUCCCCGGCAAUAUUACCGAAUGACCGACUUCCAAUUCUACGAUCGAAAUGGUCAUCUCGUGCCUUUGGAUCGGGGCGUGAUUGAAAACGACAAAGAUGUCAUGUUCUCGGGUUAUUUGAAGGUGGUCACCGAUGAUUCACCUUUGGUGGAGAAUGGCGUGGCCGUGUUCGAUGGAGGCCCCUUGGAACAAUGGUGGGCUUAUGGAUUCGAAGAGGGCUCGCGAUUGACCAUCGGAGUGUCCACUGAAUCGGGUCACUAUUGCCUCACCGCGCCCUCGGAGCAUUAUAAACCCUUGUUUCAAGAAGUCUUAUUCAAAGGUCAUCUGGCCAAAUUGGUGGUAGAAUUUUUGGCCCUCUGCAACCAAAACCGAAUUCCCAUGGAUUACGAAGACCUCUUGGCUUCCUUGGAAGGGGAAUCCCAUCCCGAACUACCUUACCCUGUGAAUGAAGAUGCAUUAAUCAGGCACGCCGAUUUCAUUUUGUCGCAAGUCCAAAGCUUUGAAGAGGCGGCUGAUUCCUUCGAGGAGAUUUUCAUGAUGAAUUCCGAGUGUAUUGCGGCCCUUAUCGAGCGAGCUGGUCUUCGCCCGAAAAGCAUACGCAAAAUGGUACGACCUAAUAAGGUCGCCUCCGUGGUCAAGAAACUUGUCUUAUCGAAGGCCACCACGACACCGUUGGUUCGUUCAGUUUUUGAGAGACUUUUCGGGGCUCAAUUUGCCGACGAGGAUGUCUCUCAAAAGACUCAACGGAAACGACGAUGCCAAGUGUGCGAGGCAUGCACCUCAGCCGAUUGUGGCACUUGUUCCAAUUGCAAAAAUAUGAUCAAGUUUGGAGGUACCGGCAAAGGCAAGCAGGCCUGUGACAAGCGAAUUUGCCAAAACAGGGUUGAAAUACUCGCGGAAGACGUAGAAGCCAUUGCUUCGGAAGAGGAUGCCACCACCAUUUUCACCGAAAAAGCCAGUGCCAAACAUACCCACAAUAACAAGACGACGAUCCGAAAGAAGACGAAGAACAAGAUCGAAUUCAUUGGAGCAGGAAAGGAAAUUCGUAACCGCUCAUAUUUUUCUGAAGUGAAGGUGAAUGGCGAAAUCUAUCGAUCCGGUGAUUUUGCCCUGUUCGUUGUUCCCGAAACUCGAAGUGGAUAUUCACUACAGAUCCGACGAAUCGAUCAUGUAUUCCAAUCCAAAAAUGGGAGCAUCAACAAUGCCCACGUUCAAUGGUUCCAGAGAAGUGAGGAUACGUGUCUUGGAGAUUUUGGUCGGAAGGGUGAGAUCUUCCAGGUCCUGUAUUGUGAAGACGUUAACUUGGAUGACCUGCAUGGAAAGAUCGACGUAGACUUUUGGCAUUUUCCACAAAAUAUGCUGGAUAUUGGAGGUACAGAAGAUGCUCUUGUGCAGCCUCCAACGAGUGAUUUCUACUACAGAAUGCGUUACGAAGGGGAAUUGGCAAGGUUUGAAGCUGCCAUUCCGGUAGAAAAAGGGAAAGAUCCCGAUGCCAUUGAGACUUGUCUCAUCUGUCCUUGGCGAGAGAAAAUCGACGGAAAAAGUAUUUUACAAGCUCUGAAUCCUGUGGACGAAGAACCCGAUGAAAAAGGACGAUAUGUGUUCAAGUGUUUGAACGUAUUUGGUGCGACUCUUCAACUUGACGAGGCUGUCUUUAUCAAACCUACGGAGGUUAAAGCGACAAGAGAGAAAGUGGACUCGAUUGACAAACGAUUUUUGGAUGAGACCAAAUAUCCUGAAUACUAUCGCAAGACUGGGCACGUCAAAGGCUCGAACGUCAACACCCCAAGGCCUUUUAACGUGGGUAUCAUUGAAGAGAUAUCUUCGCAAGACCAUGAGGGCCUCAAGAAAGUGAAGGUUCUCGUGAGAAGACUCUAUCGACCUGAAGAUACCCACAUGAAAGACUAUGAAGUCUUGGCCACCGAUUACAACUUAUUGUAUUGGUCCGACGAUUUCAACACGGUUGAUGGUUCGAAUAUUCAAGGAAAAUGUGUUGUUCGUCCUGAAUCUGUGGACACCGCCCAUCGACACGGUUUUUAUUACACAAUGACUUACAACCGCUCGAAAAAGACUUUUGAAGAGCUUUCCCCUCGAGCAGAGUUGUAUGGCAAGAUCAAAGGUAAAGGGAAGGGCAAAAGUAGUGUCAAAUCCAGUGCUGGUACAGAAGUUCACAAGGAAGGCACCAUCAACACUGAGUGCAAAGUUCGUCCCUUGCGCUGCUUGGAUGUUUUUGCCGGAUGUGGGGGAUUGAGUCAUGGUUUGCACGAGGCUGGAAUAGCUCAGACGGAUUGGGCCAUCGAGGUUUAUGAACCGGCUGCCAAGGCCUUCAAGGCCAAUAAUCCAGAUGCUGUGGUAUUCACAGACGAUUGCAACUUGCUCUUGAAGAAGAUCGUCGAUGGGGAAAAAUUUAACGACAAGAAGCAACCCCUGCCCAGAAAAGGGGAAGUAGAGAUGCUGAUCGGUGGUCCACCUUGUCAGGGCUACUCGGGCAUGAACCGAUUCAGCCACGGAGUGUAUUCCUCUUUGAAGAAUAGCCUGGUCUCGUCGUACUUGUCCUAUUUGGACUAUUUCCGACCCAAGUACUUCGUUCUCGAGAAUGUGCGCAAUUUCGCCUCAUUCCAAAAAUCGGCUGUGCUUCGAUUAUGUCAGUCCGUGAUAUUACAAAUGGGCUAUUCCUGCACUUUCGCCGUACUACAAUGCGGAAGUUACGGCGUUCCGCAGACCCGACGUCGAUUGAUACUUCUCGCCUCUGCUCCGGGCUACGAAUUGCCCGAAUUUCCUGAACCCCAACACGUGUUCACCAACACGCCUUUGAGUGUGCAGAUCGAUAAUACUGUCUACAAGAGCAACAUCCGCUGGACAGACUCUGCUCCUUUCCGAACCGUGACGGUCAACGACACGACCAGUGACUUGCCUCCCAUACAAAGUGGGCAGCAAGAUCUCAUCAUGCGAUACGAGGACGAGCCUCAAAGUCCGUUCCAAAGGCAGAUGAGAGCUCACGCGGAAGAGCUUCGCGAUCAUAUCUGUAAGAAACUUGUACCCGUCGUCGAGGCAAGGAUGACUUUUAUUCCGACCGAACCUGGCGCAGAUUGGCGGUGUCUACCCAAUAUUGUAAUCAAAUUGAAAGACGGCACCUUUAGUGAAAAAUUGGAAUACCCGUUCGAAGACUUCAAACAAGGUCGAUCCAAGGUCGGUGCCAAACGUGGUGUUUGCACUUGCCUCAACGGAGCACCCACUAAGAAGUGCGAUCCCAACGCCAAACAGACCAAUAACACGCUCAUUCCAUGGUGUUUACCUCAUACCUCCAACCGACACAAACAUUGGGCAGGGCUUUACGGGCGAUUAGAAUCCGAGGGUUAUUUCUCGACCACAGUGACCAAUCCAGAGCCCAUGGGCAAACAAGGACGAGUGCUUCACCCAGAACAACAUCGUGUUGUGAGUGUGCGAGAAUGCGCUCGCAGUCAAGGGUUUCCUGACUCAUAUGUCUUUGUCGGGAAUCUAAUAGAAAAACAUCGACAAGUUGGAAAUGCAGUACCCCCACCAUUGGGUCGUCAUCUGGGAUUGGAAAUCCGAAAGGCUUUGACUCAAUCCAAGAGUUACCUGUCCCGGAAAGUGGAUCCCAAAUCAUAGACAUGGAAGUCCGAAUGACUCAUUGCUACGUAACCUCUCAUAGGGUUUUUCGGAACGGUUCCUAGAACCUUUGGACCGCUUAUCUCUCCUACCGUUACAUGAUUGGUUUUCCAUAAAUCCAUUGUGUCAUACGAACUUCUCAAGGGCCCCUUUUGUUACGUUUGUGCCCGACUUGUCAUAGCCUAAGGGUGCCUAAUAAAUGUGGGAAGGAGGAGGUCUUCAUAUUGAUAA